AUGGCGAUGCGGACUGCGACGACGGUGGCGGCUGCCGGUCCCCGGGGGCUGAGAUCGCUAUUCUCAACCCUUUCUACCAACUUCCCUUUCCCUUCACAAACCGCCAAUCAACCGCAGAGGCCGCAAGCUGAACCUUCUACCAACCUCUUCGUAUCAGGUCUUAGCAAACGUACGACUGAUGAAGGACUUAAAGAAUGCUUUGAAAAGUUUGGUGAAGUUGUUCAUGCUAGAGUGGUCAAAGAUCGUGCUUCAGGUUGGUCAAAGGGGUUUGGUUUUGUACGAUAUUCUACCCUUGAAGGAGCUGCUGCUGGCAUAGAGGGCAUGGAUGGAAAGUUUUUGGAUGGUUGGGUUAUAUUUGCAGAGUAUGCAAGGCCAAGAGAUUCUCCUCCUCCUCCUCCAUCACCACCUUCUACCUAUGGAAACAGUCAAUAUGAUGACAACUGCUUCGAAGGAGGAUGGAAGCAUCAAAAUCACAUCUUUAAUCCCGAAAUGAAAGAGAUACUCCACCUGCCUAUCCUUCAUUACAUCCAUCAAAGUGAUUCUCCAAAACCCUCGAGCGAUUUUAGUUCGAAGCUCAAAUUGAGGCUUCUCAUAUCUGACCAUAGUUGGGAAAGCGAGAUGACAACUACUUUGAAGGAGGAUGGAAGCAACAAAAUCACAUCUUCCCAAAACGAAAGAGAUAGUCAAUCUGUCCAUCCUUCAUUACCUCCAUCGAAGUGA